GUGGCGCCGAGACUGAGAGGGCCUCCACCCCACCAGGGCCAGCGAGGAGGUUGGAAGUGAUGGAAACCAGACAGGCUAUCCUUUGACUUCUAAUUACAUCUCCCCAUAUAUAUUUAUCAUAUAUGUUUCUGUGUCCGUCUCUCUAUAUCUCUUAGCUUUCCUUUCUGGUGAUACAUAUCUCCUAGAAGCUAGCCUGUGUCUUCUUCCCAAGGGCUUACCACCACCAAACCAAACCACAACCCAAAGGACAAAAGGAGAGGAGUGAAGAGAGAUUAAUUUGUUGGAGUGGGUAGCCGAGAGAGAUGGGUAGGGCUCCAUGCUGUGACAAGGCCAACGUGAAGAAGGGUCCUUGGUCUCCCGAGGAGGACUCCAAGCUUAAGGAGUUCAUAGAGAAAUAUGGGACUGGUGGCAAUUGGAUUGCCCUCCCUCACAAGGCUGGGCUAAAGAGAUGCGGGAAGAGUUGCAGGCUGAGAUGGCUCAACUACCUGAGGCCUAACAUAAAGCAUGGGGAGUUCUCAGAUGAUGAGGACAGGAUAAUAUGCAGCCUCUUUGCUAGUAUCGGAAGCAGGUGGUCCAUCAUAGCUGCCCAGCUUCCAGGCAGGACAGAUAAUGAUAUCAAGAACUAUUGGAACACCAAGCUUAAGAAGAAGCUCUUGGGGAUUGCUCCUUCCCAAAGGACACCACAUCAACAGCCACAACAACAGAAGCAACUUCAGCAGCAGCUUCUCUUCCCAUCAUCAUCCUCUUCCUCACACGGCAGCUACUACACCUCUCCAAUUCCUCCCCUCCCAGUCCUUGAAAGCCUUCCCCCAAUCUCCCAAAAUGCCUUGGGCACUGUUCCUACCACCACUUUUCCCACUCUCUUACAAGGCCCACCUUAUCAGUACCAGAUGAUGAAGGAGAGUGCUCAUAUGAUCAUGUUUGGAAGUGAGCAAAGCUGCAGCUCCUCUGAUGGGAGCUCCACCCAAAUCAGCUAUGGGAAGGAGAUGGACUACAACUAUAUUGGUCGAAGUGGUGGAGCGGAACAGAUGGGCUUUGAGAGCGAUCUCUGUGCUGCUGGUAUUGAGGAGACCCACAGGUGGUUACUUGGAGGUGGGGGUGGUGGUGCUCAGGUGGAGAGGGAUUAUGGGCUGUCGCGUCUGUGGGAGGAAGCUCCAUUAGAGUAUAACUAUGAGGAGAUCAAGCAACUGCUCGGCUCUCUCAAUGGGUACACCAACAACGGCGACCGCAAUCUCUCUCUGGGUGACCCAACGGGCAGUGGAGUUAGGGGGAGCUUCAAAUCCCAAGGAAGGGUCAUGUAGCACUUCUGACUGUAAAGAGAAAAAUCAUAAGAUCUUCUUUUGAGAGGUAUGGUUGUGUGGUAUCUGAUAUGGACUUUGACAGUACAUGGGUUAAAAAGGAGAGUGUUUUCUU